CAUUUCAAGUGGUAGGCUUUUCUAUUAUAUUAAAUUUUUGAGGAACAUAACAAUAAUGAUUUCUAAUGAUUAAUAAUUUCUUGAUAGUAAGGUUUUAAAUAUUGACAGGACGGGAAUUUUGGUAUGUUGUAGGCAUAAUAUAACUUGGCAUAAAAUGGUUGGUACACCCCUUAUGCUAGUCAAAACAAGCCAAACAGUGGCCUCGCCUUUGUAUAUAAUAUUCCAUUGGCACCAGUGAUUGCAAAAGGCGCUCGGGCGCUCGGGCGAGGCGAGGCGAGGCCCGAGCGCCUCGCUAAUGUCCCAGGCGGCGCGCUUCAAACAGGCGCCGCCUGGGCGCUCGCCCGAGCCCAGGCGCUGGGCGCUUCGGGCGAGCGCCUGGGUAAACCAAGGCGACCGAACCAGAAUUUUAGGUCUGGUUCGGUCCUGGUUCGGUUAUUAGUUGGUUCAAUCGAACCAACUAAACCGAUAUAACCCCAACCCUAACCCGAACCCUAACCCAACACUAACCUGCUGCCGCUCUCGAUCCCGAUCCCGAUCGCGAUCUCGUCGCUCGCUGCCGCUGCUCUCGCUGCCGCUGCUCGCCGGUGUCGCUGCUCGCGCCUCCCGCGAGCCCUCUCGCUGCUCGCGCCUCCUGCGAGCCCUUCCGCUGCUCGCGCCUCCUGCGAGCCCUCUCGCCUCCUGUGAGCCCUCCCGCGAGCCUUCCCGCUGCUCGCGCCUCCCUCGAGGCCUCCCGCUGCUCGCACCUUCCUCUCCCUUUCCCUUUCCCGCUGUCGCUGCCGCCGCUCGCCGCUGCUGCUGCUGUUGCCGCUCGCCGCUGCUGCUGCCGCCGCUCGCCGCUACUGUUGCCGCCGCCGCUCGCCGCUACUGCCGCCGCCGCUGCUGCCGCUCGCCAAUGCUUCCUCGUUUCUCCAUCAGGCUCAGUAUACUCUUAAUAUUAAGUUUAUUUGAUUUUUAAAAUGAUUAAUUUUCUGUUAAUAGAUUAAUAAUAUAUUAUUUUGAUUGUAAUGUUAUUAAUUUUUAUUUAUUUGAAAUUAUUGUUAGGUUUCAACAUAAAUGGCAAGUGCAGAAAGCAACUCAAUAGAGUCUCCAAUGGUAUCAAAAAAAGAUCCUGCAUGGAAGUAUAAUUAUUUGAAGGAUCCGAAAGAUCCUAAUGCAGUGACUUGCAUAUUCUGCGAUAAGACUACCAGAGGUUGUAUUUUUCGUGCAAAACAACAUCUAGUAGGAAAUUUCAAGAAUGCAGCAGCUUGCAAAAAAUGUCUACCUGAGGUAAAAGAAGAGUUGCUGAAUUAUAUGAAUGAAAAGAAGACACAAAAGAAUGAAUCUUAUGGGAAUUUACCAGAAGACAAUGUUGAACAUAUCAGAGAUGAAGAAGAAGAUUAUUCUACGAGUAUUAACCCAAGUGAAAAAAGAGUAUACGACAAAAAGGGAAAAGAAGUUAUGAGUACUAAAAAAAGGUAGAAAAGGACCGAUGGAUCUAUAUAUGCUUCAAGGAUCCCAGAAACAACAAGGGCAAGCAGGAGGCUCAAAAUUGAGACAAACAAAUAUAAGUGAUGCUUGUGAUAAAGAAAUAAGAGGAAGAACAAUUCAGCACAUUGCUCGCUUCUUCUAUCAGGCUGGUCUUCCCCUUAGUACAACUCGUUUAGACAGUUUUAAGGAUAUGAUUGAAGCUAUUGGAAGAUAUGGUGCAGGAUUAAAACCUCCAAGUUAUUAUGAGAUGCGAGUUCCAUUGCUGCAAAAAGAGUUGAAUUAUACAAAUGACUUACUAAAGGGUCAUAAAGAAUCAUGGGCAACACAUGGUUGCUCUAUUAUGUCAGAUGUUUGGACUGACAGGAGGCGCAGGAGUAUAAUUAAUUUUAUGGUUAAUUGUUCUUUAGGGACUAUGUUUGUGAAGUCAAUAGAUGCUUCAUCUUUUGUAAAAUCUGGAGAUAAGAUAUAUGAUUUACUUGACAACUUCGUGGAAGAAAUUGGAGAACAAAAUAUCGUUCAAAUCAUAACCGACAAUGGAAGCAACUAUGUUUUAGCUGGUAAUAUUCAUCUUUUGAUUUUGUUAAUUAUUUUAUCUUCAAUUAAGUGUGUUAAACUCUUAAGUCUUAUCAUUUUUGUUAUCCUUUGUCUCAGGUAAAUUGCUUGAAUCAAAAAGACAACACUUGUAUUGGACUCCAUGUGCAGCACAUUGUAUUGAUUUAAUGUUGGAAGAUAUUGGAAAGAUCUUAGAAAUCAAGAAAACCUUAGAAAGGGCAAUUUUUGUUGUUGGAUUUCUUUAUAAUCACAUUGGGGCUUUGAAUAUGAUGAGAGAAUUUACAGGGAAUAAAGAAUUAGUGAGACAUGGUGUUACCCGAUUUGCUACUUCAUUCUUGACAUUACAGAGCGUGCAUCGUCAAAAACAUACUUUGAGAAAUAUGUUUACCUCUGAGAAAUGGGUGACAAGCAUGGGCAAAAGAAGCAAAAGGCAAGAGGGCUGCUGAUAUCAUCUUAAUGCCAUCCUUUUGGAAUCAUGUAGUUUAUAUAUUAAAGGUAAUGAGCCCUUUUGUUCGAGUCCUUCGAUUGGUGGAUAAUGAAAAUAAGCCUGCAAUGGGAUAUAUUUAUGAGGUUAUGGAUAGAGCAAAGGAGACGAUUAAAAGAUCUUUUAAUGAAAAUGAAGAAAAAUAUGAGAAAAUUUUUACAAUCAUUGACGAAAGAUGGAAUUGUCAACUUCAUCGUCCCUUACAUGCAGCAGGAUAUUAUUUGAACCCUGAAUUCUUUUAUAAGAUUAAAUCUGUUGGAUUUGAUGCAGAAGUUUUGAGUGGGUUAUAUCAGUGUGUUGCAAGAUUAGUUCCCAGUAUUGAGGUUCAAGAUAAGAUUAUUCAUGAAUUAUCUUUAUAUAAAAAUGCUGAAGGUCUUUUUGGAAUUUCAAUUGCCGUUCGAUCCAGGACAACUACCUCUCCAGCUGAAUGGUGGAGUCUAUUUGGAAAUUCCACCCCGAACUUACAGAAAUUUGCUGUCAAAGUACUUAGUUUGACAUGUAGUGCUUCGGGUUGUGAACGAAACUGGAGUGUCUUUGAGCAUAUUCACUCGAAGAGAAGAAAUCGGUUAGAACAUCAACGAUUGCACGAUCUUGUUUACAUAAAGUAUAAUCAAGCUUUGAAGACUCGUCAUGAUUUGAAAAAUAGAUUUGAUUCAAUCUCAUUACAAGAUAUUGAUGAUUCAAAUGAGUGGUUAAUAGGAGAAAUGGGUGCUAACUUGCAAGAUGCUGAAGACGAGCUUGUAUUUGAAGAUGAUAGAUUGACGUGGGGAGAUGUGGCAAGAGCUUCAGGUGCUGGAGAAUUACAAACAUAUACAAGACAGAUGUCAAAGAGAAAAAUGAGUGCAAAAGCAUCAAGUUCGGCUCUUGCUAUUGUUGAAGACAUAGAGAAUGAAACAUAUCUUGAUGAAGAGGAAGGAAUCGAAGAACAAAAGGAAGAAGACGAAUUCAAUGAAGAUGAUUUGUGUGAAAAUGACGAUAAUAUUGAUUAUGAUGAAUGACUUUGAUGUAAAAUGUUAAUGUUUUGAAUUUUGAAACUUUUUGUUAAUGUGACAUUAUGAUUUUGUAUCUUAGAUUUUCUUAAUUUAAUAGCAUAUUUUUAUUUAAAAUUUUAAAUAAUUAUAUUUAUUAAUUAUAUUAUAUAUUUUUAUAUUUUAGCGCCUCGCUUCGCUCGGGCGAGCGCCUGGGCGAGCGCCUAGCGCCUCGGGCGUUUUUGGACCUUGGCGCCUUUUGGCGCCUAGCGCUUUUUAAAUCACUGAUUGGCACAACACUAGCAUAACUGUGACUUAGCUGAUUUUGUCUAAAUAAUGCGACACCCUUCUUAUGUUCGUUUGCAAAGGAUAUUUUAUAGCAAGGAUUUUAAUUUCGAAUAAUACUGCUCGUACCGGGCGGUACUGUCGAUCGGGGUUGCUUCUAUCUCGUUACCACCCUAAAUCGGUUUGUGACAGUCGAUUUCGAUCGUCACUGCCCGUUACCGGGUGGUAUUAGCCGAGGGAGAGCUGAGGGAGAAGAAAGAAGAGGGAGAAGAGAAGGGAGAACCUGGAGAUCCGAUGCCGCUCUCCUUCGAUGAUCCUGAGCCGUCGUUGCCCUCCUUCGCUGGUUGCCACAGAUGAGAUGCUGCCUCCUCAUCUGAGGCGACGAGGCCUCGGUGUCGUCGGCGACUUCUCCUCAUCUGUGUGGGGAGACGAAGCCUUGGUGAUGUCGUAGGGAGAAGAAACGGAGCGUCGUCGAGGCGACGUUUCUUCUCCCCACGCGAGCAAAAGAAACGAGGCGACAAGGUGGCGACAUCGCCUCGUCACCCUUUUUUGUGCGGGGAAAAGGAAACCUCGGUUUCUUCUCCCCACACGAGCAGAAAAAGGAGGACAUCGCCGCCUUUUUUUUAAAAACAUAUAUAUAUAUAUAUAUAUUUAUUUAUUUAUCAGUACUUUAUAUCGUAUCGUACCGAGCUACGCUCGAAACUCUAGUACAGUACGAAAUUAUGAUCCUUGCUUUAUAGAUGUUACAAAAUAAAAAUAUGGACUUCGCAAGCUCUGAAUGAUCACACAACAAAGGACUCAAGGCAAUCCACCAUAUACAAGUCAUUGUGCACAAGUGCGAAUGCGACAUCGACAAUAAGACCAAGCAAUGAUCCAUCCUUAGACAUAUAAUCGAAGCUCCAUACAAUCUGGUGCUACCCAAGGGUUCUAGGAUGCUGAGAAAUUGACAUUUCACAUCUCCAGGCCAUCGACUGAUGGCACCACUUCAUAUCCCUUGCAACUUGCCUAUUGGAAAAUUCUCAAAAACACCGAAAGCAUGUCUAGAGCGGAUUUAUCAUUUUUUUCAUCAUUUUUUCUUAUAUGUCAGAUUAAACCCAAAUGAUCUGUGUAUAAUAUCAACAAUGCUCUAUGCUUUAAUGUUAUUUAUCCAUAUACCACUUCCAUGAUUCUCGUGGUAGUGAUUUUACUUUGUCGGCCUUUUGCAACAUGUAUUUAUCAAAAGUUUUUUGCUAGACCAAUCUGAGCAUGCUACAUGUACUUUGGAUACGGAUCUGUUCUUUAUUUUGCUAAUGUUCCAAAAGAAGUAAAAAAAAAAAGAUGAAAUGUUCCUCAGCUAAUUAAAGAUGAGCUUAACUGGUUUAUUGAUGAGAAGUUGAUGUUUAGCAAUCACAUUAUUACUCAUGGAAAAUUAAAUCCUUCUUUCCUUCUUGGUCUUCAUUCUUUGUUAAUCUAUUCUGAAGUUGUAGGUAUCAUGUAUAAGUUUCAAGGGUACAGAUUUAGGGAAUAUUCUAUUAUGUUAGAAACAUCAAAAAACUGAUCCUGCUGACAAUUCCAUGUGGUGGGCAUAUCUUAUGUGCUGCAUCAUUGUACCUAUCUAUUACAAAAGCCACUAUGUUAUUCUAUAUCUAUUAGUUCAAAGGUAAUGUGAUUGGUUGUCCUAACAAAGAAUCUAGUUCGCAUCAUGUAGUCUGUAGUUCGGAACACCAGUCAGUCUUUUCGUGAACAAGUCAAAGUAUGCAACAAUAUAUUCUAGUCACACACCCAAAUACUACUAGAUUCUAUCAUAAAUGUUCGUUACAAUUUUGCAUCUGCUUUCUAAAACCUUGCUCAAUUUCUUCCUAAGAAAGUUCAAAUUUAUUGUAGGAAAAUUUUUUCAUUAGUACGUCCAUCUUUGUAUCCUUUUACUUUCAUCUAAUUUUUCUUAUGUCAUACAUAAGGUUCUCUUCUUAUCUUUAAAUCUUAGACAUGCCUUUACCAUCUUGAGCAGUUUUCUGUCAGUGUUCAUAGUUGAUUCAAUGCUACAAGCCUACAACUAUUAUGUGAUACAUUCAUGCUUCUUCCUUGCCCUAUUUUUCUAGUUUACUGAACAUUAUUAUUCAAUGUUAUAUAUAACAACAAACCAUCAAUACAUAAUUAUUUGUAGUUGGCUGCAUGGAUCUUAUUCUGCAUAUAUCUUACCUAUAAAUUAUCUAUAGAGGCAACAAUGUAGCUUACUACAAAUUGAUUCUAUCUCACUAUCAUAAAUUGAUGUUUGAUUUCCUUGGUUUAAUCAUGUGAUCACUUUGGUGAAGUUUUGAGGCAUUUUCAUUACUAACAAACCGAAAAGUGAGGGCAGAAUACAUGAGAUAUUCAUGUAGGACAACCCAAAGAAGAUGUAAGGGUUUCAGGAUUGGUUAGGUGGUUGGCGGAAAGAGAAAAACAAGGACAAAACAGAAAGGGGAACGUUUGAAUGAUUGUUGAAAGUUGAAACACACUCAAUUCACAAAAAAAACUCAUUUUUAACAGUGAAAGUACAAAUAGCACAAGUUCAAACACACACUGAGCUCUAUGGGAGAGAAAAACAACGAUGUUCUGCUUCUUAAUUUGCUUUACUUAUCAUGAGAUUUGUCCACUAACUUCCAGUAGUGGCAACUACAAUCUUACUUAUCAAGGUAGAUUGUAGUUUAACCACUCACAUAAGUAGUACAGAAAGUUCAUCCAUUUCAUUGGUUGAUGUUCUAAUUGCAAUUCUAUUCCCUUUUUAUAGGCACCUAAGUACAAGAAAGAAAAGAAACACUGCAACAAUAAGGAAAAACACAAUUAAUAAAAUUACAACAUAAUGACUUUUUAUUAUUUUCUACUAAGGAGAAAUUUUCAAAAUAAUUAAAAAAAUCAUCUUCUCCUUUUGAUGAUAUUCCUGUAUGCUUGCAUUUUUUGAAAAAUGAUAAAAUUUAUUGUAAAGAUGAAAUCUCUAAUCAAGAUUUGUAAUCUUCAAUGGUACCAAAUUUGUUUGUCUCAUUUAAUUUUUAUUGACAUCUUUUUUUUUCCCUCUUUGAGCAAUCUAGGGAAAACUAAAUUAGGAAUAUAGGAGAUGUUGCCAUGUGCGAAUUUUUGCAAAAAUAGUCUUUAAGGCACAAAAAUUAUUCUUAAAAAAGAAAAAAAAUCCAAAAAAUGUAACUAUAUUACUUUAAGAGUCUUCUACAAAAUGCCUGAUGCUCCUCUGAGCAUAAAAUGCAUCAUCAUUGCGGAAGCCAAUCUUGCCUACAGAUAACAGAAACUCUAGAAACCAUAGAAGAUAGCUAACCAAUAAUUAUCCUUACGAUAUAUAUGAGAAAAUUUAUAUUCAUUAGACCUAUCAACCAGGCUUAGAAUAUUUCUAAAGCUGUUCAAAAGUUCAAAAGGCUCUAGGGUGGUGUCUUCUCGUUGUUCAGAGGUUUAAUCUGAAGCUCAGCAUCAGAUUCAACUUCUAAUUUUCAAACACAGUUUUAUAGCAUGUUCUAUUCCAGUUUUGCAUCCAGCAAGCAAGAAAUUCCUGCUAUAAAGUCAACUCCUCCUUCGUUCUCCUGUACACGACAAUCCGUCAGCCAAAUAUUGGUCUUUUCAAAUUGACCAGUAUAUGACAUGUCCCAAGCCCAACUUUCAAACCCCUGGAAUACUUUAUAGCUAUCCAAAUAAGCAGAAGCCUUGUAAAUUAUGGAAGAGAAUGAGGCCCUUGCACCCUUUAGAGGGCUCUAAGACAAAAGACACUGUUUUUCUUUUGGUCUGCUCCCUCCACUUGAAAAAGAAAAAGAUGUUGGAAACAUAUUCAAUUGAACCUGAAUUCAGGCUCGUUAUCAAUCCAAAUGGACUUGAUUUAGCCUUUCUUUUUUUUCACCUAGUGUGGAUUUGUAAAGUGCCUUAAUUUUCAUCAGUUAUCUUCUCUGUGGGUGAUGCCUACUGGAUUUUUUUUACCCAACACUCUGUUCCAUAAUUUGUUGAUACAUUUGUUUUGGGAAAAUUUCUAGUAAACACUACAAAAACUCAUGAAUGCAAAAAGUGUUUUGCAAUCUUAUUGACUCAACAAUUCUUUUUACGUAUUUUCACCUUUUCAGAAUUUUAUUAUGCAAAGAAUUAGGCAUAGGAAUAUCUACCAUGUAACAAUAUCAAUGAUAUUACUCCUAUUGGUUGGUCCUAGAAAUAUGUACCAAAAUUUCGUAAGUGGUCAGAAAAUGGUCUGUCAUUGUUUCUGAUCUGGUUGUAAUUUGCAAACCAUAGUAAGACAUCCACUGAAUCUAAGAAGUUGACCAAAUUGGUACUGUGAUCUGCAAAUUCAGCUGGUGUCAGUACUUCCUAACAUUAGUAAAGGCCUUAUAAUAAAUUGUUUUAGUGAGAAAUAUCAUUAAUAAUCCUUAUAAAAAAGCUAUAUUGUUCAUGUCAAACUAGUAUAUUGAAUAUGGCUAUUUUGCACUUGAUUAUUUUGUAUUACUAUCACAUAGAGUGACAGUUGUGCAUAAGAAUGUUGUGCUCUUGGUUUACAUUAAGAAGCAUGAAAGGAAAAAUAGUUUGCAAUUGUUCUGGUGGAAAGCGUUAACUUGUUUUUUAUUGUUG